CCCUGAACCCUAAUUUUCAAUUUCACCAAAACCUACCUCUCUUCUCCGUCGCUGCUGCUGCUGCUACUGCUACUAAAUGGGGAAAAAUUGUCGCAAAGACAAGGCAAUACCUCCGCCGCAGCUUCCGCCGGAAGUAAGAGAAGAGGAGAUUGAGUUUUCCGACGAGGAUGUGAAGUACGUCGAAGAGAACAAGGAUUACGCCCGAUUCGUCUCUCGAAUCGACACCACUGCUAUCAACAGGCAAUGCGUUGGUGAAGCAAAGACAGUGGAGGAUAAGUAUGAGGAAGAAAGAUCAAAGAAGAAGGUACAACAAGAAGAGAAAGAGAGUAACGAGAUCCAAGUGGAUCCUGUUGAUGUGCUCCCUGUCAAGACUUUAGAUGGAAAGCUCCAUUUUCGAACUGUGACAAAGAAGUCAAAACUAGCUGAAGCAGAUCCAGAGGAAGCAGAAGAGGAUGUCCUGGAAGAUGAACAUAUAUUGAACAAAUCUCAGAGGAGAGCAAAAGCUAAAAAGAGUAAAAAGGAGGCAAAGAAACAAGAGACGGAAGUGCCUGAAGAGAUCAUACAAGAGGAGGAAACACCCCAAGCAGCAGUUCUGGCCGAAGUGAAAGAAGAACUAUCUGCUGAAGAGUCGUUUGAAAAUAAGAAAAACAGACUUGCAGAGUUGGGAAUGCUACUACUUUCUGAUCCAGAGGCUAACAUAAGAUCCUUAAAGGAAAUGUUAGACAUCUCCAAAGAUGAGAAUGCGAAGAUAGUGAAACUUUGCUUGUUAUCUGUGUUGGCCGUAUUUAAAGAUAUUAUUCCUGGCUAUCGGAUUAGACUUCCUACAGACAAAGAGCUCGAGAUGAAGGUCUCAAAGGAAGUAAAGAAAACACGGUUCUAUGAGUCAACUUUAUUGAAAGCGUACAAGUCAUAUCUGCAGAAGUUGAUGGCCUUUGAAAGGCAGUCAGUAUACAACCAAGUUGCCAAUCGGUGCAUUUGUACUUUGCUGGAUGCGAAACCUCACUUCAACUUCCGUGAUAACCUGUUAACUGCUGUUGUUAGAAAUAUUAGCUCCCCAGACGAAGUCGUAAGGAGACUCUGUUGCUCUACUAUUAGGUCUCUUUUCUCCAAUGAAGGGAAACACGGCGGUGAGCUGACCGUGCAAGCUGUACGCUUGAUUGCUGAUCAAGUCAAAUCUCAAAAUUGCCAACUUCAUCCUAACUCUAUUGAGGUGUUCAUGUCCAUACGCUUUGACGAGGAUAUCGGAAAGCGUGACAGAGAGGAAGCCAACAAGAAGAAAUUUAAGAAAAAUGAUAAAAGGAAUAACCAAGAGGAGCAAAACCAAGCGCAAGAAAAUGAGAGGAAGAAAUCCAAGCGAGAAAUGAUGUCUAAGAUCAGAGAUGAGGUUAAUGCUGAUUACAGGGGAGUUACCUUUGAACCAGAUGCUAUGGAGCGGCGAAAGAUGCAGACGGAGACACUAUCUGCUGUUUUUGAAACUUACUUCCGUAUCCUGAGAAAAACAAUGUUUUCAGUUGGCGAAAGCAGCACAGAAGAAGACACAACUUUGAAUCCUGGCGCCUUUGGUCCGCACCCUUUGCUUGCUCCAUGCUUGGAUGGGUUGGGGAAAUUCACUCAGCAAUUGGACUUGGACUACAUCGGAGAUCUCAUGAACUAUCUAAAGAAGCUUGCUUCCAGCAGCAGCGUCUCCACCACAAAGAAGAAAAACUCGAAACUGUUGACAGUAUCUGAACGCCUGAGGUGUUGCCUCGUCGCAUUCAAAGUCAUGAGGAGCAACUUAAACGCCUUGAACGUCGACUUGCAAGACUUCUUUGUCCAGCUUUACAACCUCCUUCUCGAGUACCGCCCUGGAAGAGAUUCAGGUGAAGUGUUGGCCGAGUCUCUGAAGAUAAUGUUGUGCGAUGACAGACACCAAGACAUGCAGAAAGCAGCUGCUUUUGUAAAACGUUUAGCCACAUUCGCGCUAUGCUUUGGCUGUGCCGAGUCUAUGUCAGCGCUUGUCACCUUGAAGAAUCUCCUCCAGAGGAACGUCAAAUGCAGAAACCUUCUAGAGAACGAUGCUGGAGGCGGCUCUGUUUCCGGUUCAAUCGCAAAGUAUCAGCCAUACGCAACAGAUCCUAACCUAAGCGGAGCUUUCGCAUCAGUGCUUUGGGAACUCAACCUCUUGACCAAACACUACCACCCAGCGAUCUCAACGAUGGCUGGAACAAUCUCCAACAUGAACACUUCUCAGAACCAAACGUUUCUUUCUGCAGUGACUCCGCAGCAGGCGUUUGCAGAUUACUCUCUUCUGAAGGAAUCGUUUGAGCCUAAGAGCGAGUCUAGGAAACUGAACAACAAACGGAAACGAGAGAGUGGUGGUGAAGGUGAGGAUGUUCCGGAAACUGACAUGGUUGAGCUCAAGAAGAAGCUGAAAGAGAAUUUUACCAUUCUACGAGGCAUUAAAGUGGACGAGAGAGUGAGAAUGGAGUUUGAGAAGAAGAAACAGAGUAACAUGGCGAAGAAGAAACCAACGAAGAAACAGAGUAACGUGGAGAAGAAGAAACCGAAGAGCCCUAAAUCUAAGAAGAAAUUUUGAAAAACCCACUUUUGUCUUUUUUAGUGUUAUACAUUGCUUCAACUAGAAAUUCAUCAUUUAAAUUUUUGUUCAAUCUAAUUUUGAGAAUAGUUUUGUUUAAGUGGAUUCAUUCA